AUGGCCUCCCUCACAGUGGUUUUUGCUCCGGUUGCAACCGGUAGAGCAAGUAGCCGGGUGUACGCGGCAACCGCGGCCAAGGGAGGAAGCAAAGAGGAGAAGGGUCUGCUUGAUUGGAUUCUUGGAGGGCUAGCAAAGGAGGACCAGCUGCUUGAGACUGAUCCAAUCCUCAAGAAGGUUGAGGAUAAGAAUGGUGCCACUAAUGGUGGCCGCAAGGGCACAGUGGAGAUACCGCAGAAGAAGAAGGGCGGGUUUGGAGGCCUCUUUGUCAAGAACGACUGA